UCCACGCUAACCAUGUCGUCGUUGUCGUUUCUGCUUUGGGGGCGCGUCUGCGUUCACGUUGGGCUGCGGCCUAUAUUAUUCAAGCCUGCCAGGCAGCCCGUCAACGAGCACGAAAGGCCCUUUCUUUCCCUUUCUCUGAAUAUUCUUUCAGAAAGAAUGGAGUUCGUUUCGAACACGGAUGUGUGACCAGUGACAACGGCCUUGCUCGUGUUCGUCGCCCAAGCGAUAGUGAAACAACAACACGUUAGCUGUUCUCCUCCUCCUCCUCCUCCAUAUUUACAAUCGUGGAACGUUCAAGUCCAGCUUUUAUUUAUUCUGGGACAGCAAGCUCUCUUUUCCAAUGACGCCCCGAUUCCAACCAAAUCGUUCAAUGCAAGGUAACAUUGCAGUCAAACGAAACCCAAUUGCGGCGGUGGCCCUGUCGGAACCCGUGUUGCGGAAAAAGGUUCUCCUUUGCACUCUUUUGAAAUGGUGCUAAACAAACAAACAAACAAACAAACGUUAUCCAGGGGGCGAUGUCGGCUAUGGCCCGCGUUUGAGUUCGCCAGCCAAAGAGAAGAAGAUUUACAUUGAAAGCGUCACCCGGGUUUUGUCUGAUUUUGUGAACCCAGGAAGGAAUAUUUGUUCAGCUGCAUUAAUACAGAACUACAAGUGACGUCGUCAGCCAGCCACCAGGGGGCGCCCUAAACAAGCGAGCCCGACUGCAAGUCAAGUGAGAGGGGAACUCGCAACUGUCGCGUACUUUGCAGUUUGCAGAACAAUGGAGACGAACCCGUCCUUGACAAUUCACUACAUUGACGGGGAUGUUCCAAUGAAAAGACAUCACCCAUCAUCUAAGCCACUUCUCCUCACGAGGGCCGCGGGUGCCCUGGCCCCCAUCUCAGCUGACUUCGGGCGAGAGGUGAGCGAGCCCUCGGUCGCCAUGGAUGCUCGCGCGCGAGCUCGAGGAGCUCCGCUCAAGUCCGGGGCCUCCGUCAGAAAAGAGACCAUGCGUGACAGCGGCGGAGCGCAGUUUGUCAAGAGCCUCUUGCGGAGCCGAAAGGAUCUUUGCCGUCUCGACCUGGAACUCCCGUCCAGAGACGGCACAAUAGUCGCAGAGGUCCAUUUUGUUUGUCUGCCUGGUCAGAGUGAAGGCGACGUCGCUGUGGAUCAGGCCCUGGCGUCCCUUCCGGCGGGGCUGCGCGAGAUGCUCGGAAACUUCCACGUUCACGGCCUGAGGAACGAUGAAGUUCAGAUGCUCAAAGACUCGCGCAGUCUGACGGAGCACAAGGACGCUGGGCCUCAAUGCCGGCUAAAGGCUGUGUGCGUGCUGCGCCACAACCCCGGUGCCAGCGGGCAACCCGCAGCCGGCGCCACGUCGUUGGCAGGCCUUCUCGGGCGCUACGUCGCCGGCAUCCGCUACGCCGUGGAGCUGCAAAGCCUCCGCAGGGAUGAAGCGAGGCGGUCGGAGGAAGACGACACCAACCGGUCCGUCUCGUCCAUCGAGGACGACUUUGUCACCGCGCUGGAGAAUCUCGAGGAGGUCGAAAUGGGAGACGGCCCCCCUUAUCGCCCUUUCAAAAGACGAGAUGUGGCGUCACAGACGGCGCCUGCCCACCAGAGACGAAAGGAACUAUCAGGCACCCGUAUUAUCAUAGGCUCGUCUUCAAAGAAGUGCGCGGCCAAACACAAACCGGGCCCGGAGGUUUCUGUCACAGUGCAGAGGUCCUCGGGCAUGGAAACCCAGUGGACUUACUGCAGUCCAGGAGCUCGUCUACCCUCACCGACAGUUCAAGUCAGUCAAUCCGAAGAAUCUGACUGCUCCAGCCCGAGCCCCAUCAUCUUUCUGGAUGAGGUGGGCUAUCAGAAGAGCAUGUUGGCCAAGCUGGACAUCCCUCAGGUGCCAGGAGGUCCCAGAGAGAGGGUGGAAGACUCUGACUCUGAAGUGAGUGAAUUCUUUGACAGCUUCGACCAGUUUGAUGAUCUUGAAGAUUUCAGUUCGGAGAGUGGCACUCUCACGCUGCCUAUGGAUAAUGACAGUGCUCCAGGAGUACAGACUACCACUGUCAAAUCUAGCACCGGUGGCUCGGCAACCAAAUACGUCUCCAAAGGCUGCUCGACAAAGGACAUGUAUCCUCACUGCUUUGAUCAACCCAUUCUCCCAGCCGAUGUGAAAAAACCCACUCCCCUUAAACUAGGCUCCCCCUAUGGACCUCACUCUGAGGUUCCUGACUCCCCGCGACCAGUACAGAGUCCGUCUGAGGACAAUGGUGGUCCACUCUUCAGUCCUAUUAACUCCUCUGCAUUUAGCCCCCUGGUGGAUUCAAGUGGGGUGCUGGAAUAUUUCUGGAAGAGAAGUGAGGACGGGAGCAACAGCACUGAGUUACGAAAACCUCAAGAUCUCUGCUCUUUGUAUAAGACCUACUCAGACUUUGCCAACAGUCUCUCCAAAGAAAUUCUUGGAUCUGUCUGCGGGUACCAGUCCGCUAUAGACAUUCAUGAAAACAAGAAUCUCAGUUGUGUGUGCCAAAAGAAAUUCACCAACUCCUCAGGCUACACAAUGAAGCUGUCGGAAAUCCAGGAGACUGUAACAGUGGCCGGCUUACAGAAAUCGUCCCAGUCUUUGAAGGGCGGUAUCCAGAGGUUUGCUGCUGACCUUGUAGAAAUGAGCCUGGGCAGCGCCUUGCGGGACCUCCAAAAAGGCGUGUCUAUUUGCACCACCACUUUGUGUCAGCUAGCUGCUAGACUCACCUCCUCAGUAUUUCAGAUGGCGUUCCAUGAGAUUGGCAUGCGGCAGGCCUAUGUGUUGAAGGAGCGAGCGGUGAACGGGUUAGCAAACUUCUUGGUCGGAGAGGCAGUAUCUGGUGCUCUGAAAGAGUUCUUGACUGUGAAAAAGCAGGUUUUCCAGAGCACGGUGACGAAGUUUGCGGCCGAUUUAGCCGAAGAGCUGCUGUUCGAAGGUAUUAUGGAGGUGUGUCAGUUCUCCCACCCGUCGACACCUCUAACCCCCACUGAUUGGUCUUUUGGCCAUGGGCAUGAGGAAGAAGAAGAGGAGGAGGAGGAGGAGGAGGAGGUGGUUACCUCCUAUGCUUCAGACUUGUCCGAGUCUGUCAUCCAGGAGGCGUUCAUCGAGCUUUCUCAGGCUGACAUUGCCUUCACUAGCCAAGCAGCCAUCAGUGUUUCUCCAGACAACAUUUGUUACGUUCGUGCAGAGAAUAUGAGUGCUCACACCUGCAGCACAUUUGCUAACCAGGAGCUUUCCAGUGCAACCGUAGCAUAUGUUCUGGGGGCCUCAGGAGAAAGUGCCCCCUGCACAGUGAAGGAAGCCCUUUUCACUGUGUCAGGCAUGGCUAGCUGUAUCCCUGUGCCCCAAGCAGGCCAAGCCAUCUCCCAUCUAAAGGAUCCUGAAGACCAGCAUGGUUCUAGCUUAACGUAUACUUCACCGUCCAGCCCUAAAAAAGUAACAGUAUUUUCCUCCGAUAACACCACAUGUACGCAAACUCACAUUUACAGCCAUGGAACUCAAACACCCACCUGUGGAAAAGGAUGCUCCCUUAGAAAAUCGCCACUCCAAAACUUCUCUGGCAACAUGGUGGACAUGAUAGUGACUGAAGUUAUAAGUACUUCUAAAAUGAAGAAAGGUUUUGAUGACUGUGCUGGUUUCCUUGCAAAGGCAGUCGUGAGCCAAAGGGACACACUGGAUGUGCCAAAUGCAGAGAUGGGCGGACAAAAGAAGACAUCUAAUGGUGGCGAUGACACAACUCCAAAUUUGGGUCAAAGAUCUGGUCGGACACCCGGCACUCCUCCGUCUACACCCCAGCAGCCCAGUGAAGUAUCCAAGGAGAAACAAAUAAAACGCUUCUCCAAGAAGUUAAAAAGCAAGUUGGCCAAAGAAUUUUCUCCAGCAACCCCUCCUCCAACUCCGCACUAUCACACUGAACCUGGCCCGUGUCCGACGGAAAACAGUCCAGAGGCAGACAAGACCGAGUUCAUGUUAAAACUGAUGAGAUCUCUUUCCGAGGAGGCAGAUGGUAAUGUGGAUGAAGAGGAGGAAGAAUUGCUAGAAGACACCGGUGUAAGUGGCACCAACAAAUCGGCCGAGUCGGAAGGUCACCUGCAGGAAGUGAGACCGUUGUCAUCUCGCGGGCUAUCCAACAAGGAAGCUCUCCAUUAUGCUGAGCAGUUGGCUUGUCAUAUAGUCUCAAUGGCAACUGAGAUAGAUGCUCUCGGGGUCGAUGACAAAGUGGGGGAAUUCGCUGGUCCGAGUGAGAGAAGGUGUGACAGUGUGGCUCAUUUCUCAGAGCAAACUUUGAACACCUUGUGGGUGUAUGCGGGCGAGGUGGCCGGGGAGGUAAUCAAUGACGUGAAGAGGAUGCUGAGCUCUGUCCAGCAGCGCUCUCAUCAUGGUUCUCCCAGAAGAAGAAGUGUCAACCGUCUGAGCUCGGAAUGUUUGCAUCACGAUCACCACCAACACCACUCUCUUACCGGAACAGAUGAGAGGAGUGACUGGAGGGUGGAGCGGGUGGCUGAGCAAUGGUCAAACAAUCUCCUAGCCUCUGUUUUCCGGUCGCCUGUCUCCACAUCGAGUAGUUCCAGUUCUGGAUUGUCCUCCGCGUAUCCCAGCUGUGAGAGUGUGACAGACGAAUACGCCGGCUACCUCAUUAGGGUGCUAAAAAAAGAGGGAGGCAAUCGGGAGUUAGUCCUCGAUCAGUAUGCUAGUCGUCUGGCGUACCGGUCUAUCAAACAAGGUUUGGCUCAUGCUAGUCGCAAGAUAAAACAGAGAUCUUCCAGUGCCCGUCUUUAUCCCUCAAAGUCGUUACCAGAUGAACAGAAGGCUUCGGGUCGUGAGGCCUCACCACUCAAGGACAUAGUGGAGUCAAUAGUUUGUCUCUCGUGUGAGGAUGUGCAGUGUUGUUGCAGAGAAAAUCAUGGCCAGAGGGACUGCAUUGAUCUGGUGAACUUUGCAGAAUCUUUAGCAUACAAUAUCACGUGUGAUGUUACACGAAUGCUUCGUCUAUCUUCUGUACGUCUCCCAAAGUCUCUCACUGACUCUUGUCUCUAUAAGAAAUCCAAUCUUGAAAACGUGACAGAAAACCUCAUUAGGAACUCAUUCUCCUGCCCUCUACUGUCCAAGGUCACUAAGGCUAGACUUUACCACAGCACGGGAAGCUUGCUUGAUGCCGGCCACAGCAAUAGGAUGAUGCCGGUCAUUGAGCACUAUGCAAAGAAAAUAGUUGAUGACACUCUAAAGAUGAGCUUGGCUUCAGUUGGGCAUUCAUCCCGGGAUCAUCAGAGGACCCCUGGCCCAGACAGACUCUCACACACCCAAAGGCUGUCUGAAGGGACGGCGCCAGGUCCCGCCCAGGGAGAGACAACCUGCUGUUACUGUCAGGCCCUGGAGUGCCCCUACUGCACCAAACUUAGUCUGCAUCACCACCAGCCUAUAUUGCACAGGAGGAGAAGGGGCCCAGAGUAUCAAACCAGGCCAGAGCGCCUCCACGGGCUGGAGAUUCCUAAAAUCCAUAUCGACCUGGAACACAGGUCGGCAUUUGCGGAACAGAUGGUGUCUGUGGCGAUGGAGAACGCAAAACGCGAGCUGAGCAACACCAGCCUUAACGCAGACAGUGGCAUCGGCCAUGAUGGAACUAGCUACGCGGAGAGUGUCACUGCUGAGGCCAUGACCUCCGCACUUAACGUCUGCCAAGCGGCCAGUGUCAGCUCUCCAGGCAGGGAAGCCACAGAAUCCACUGUGUCCCAGCAGUUGAGUGUCGGGGAUGACAGUUUGGGCAGCUGGUCCAACCUCAGCUUCGAGGAUGACAACAGCAGCUUCCUUCACCUCAGUGACAGCAAUGGAAACAGCAGCAGCUGGAGCAGUCUUGGCCUGGAGGGGGAGCCCUUUGACGAACGCAUGUCAUCCUCGCCUUCGGACAGCGACCAUACGGAGGACAAAGAGGGGGAGGCGAAAGAAGAAUCCAGUGGAACUCUGUGCGACGACACCACCCAGAUGCGGGUCUCCAGGACUACGCUGAUUAUCCUGAACUCGGACAUCCGGGAACUCCGGCGGAGCCCUCGGCACUUGACCCUCGACCCCCAGCUGAGGAGCUUGCUGCAGUGGGCGGCGGCCUCCGUCGCCGGGGUCCCUCUGAUCCAACUGAGUCCCGACAAUGAGCUCCAGCAGCUGCCGGCCGUGGUCCAAAGGCUGCGCGAGAGGAAGUGGAGGGUGGGAGAGCUGCUGCACUUCCUGUUGCGCUACUGCGAAGAGACCCAGCCGCAUGCUCCGCCCGGGGAGGAGACGCCCCACGUGGUCCGAGAGUCUCAGCGCGUCCCCCUCUUCAAGUGGCUCCUGGAGCACACCUAAAGCCCUGCUCCUUUUUUUCCUCCGCCCGCUUCCAGCAGAGGGAGCCGUGAGAGCCUUGUACGACGUAUUAUUUUGCUGCUGUUCGAUUGUUGCUCGAACGAACGAUCUCACACUUUCCUAAAAAGGAAGCAGAGCGACCCAUCCCGUUCGUUCCUGGCGCGGCCAUUUGUGAGGCAGGGAGAAAGUGCGGGCGGGCGGGCGGGCCCUUUUUGUUCGGGGAUCCCCAUGGCUGCCAGCAGGCCGAUUAGGUCAUCACAUCCACAGCUCACCUUGGCGGCAGCGUAGCUGAUUCCACAUGAGAGGAACACCACGCGCUUCCAUUAUCAGAGUAGGGGCCAUCUUGAAAAGGUGCAUUUCUCUCCAUCCAUUUUUGUGUUUCUUCAAGCAGAAUUUCCACACGCUAAAAGGCCAUCGCUUUAUUUUCAACGUUUGUGUUACACACAGAAAUACUGCACAAAUUGCCUUAGAAUUCCACAAUUGAUCAUCUUCUACGGAAGCAAUUGCUUUCAAUGCAACAAAGCGUCUUAACAAGUCACACGCUGACUUGGGCAUUGCGGAAUAGCCUUAACAUGCAGACUCUCCCGCCUCUGGUACGGCUCUGAGAAAAUUGCCCAGUUGACUUUGCCCCCCCCCCCCCCCCGAUUUCUGCGACAUGCGGAAAAUAGGCGGAAAAGUGUUGACUUUUCCAGGCAGUGUGGAAGGGCCUUCAAUUUGAUUUGGAUCGAUAGGACCCAGUGUGUUUCCUGUUUUAUCUUUAGAGGGUGAUUUGCCAGCUGAAAUAUUGCAAAUGGUGGAUUCGGGAUGGGCAACGCUUCAAUUGAUUUCUUGUAAAAGAUGAGAGAGAAUCUCUUUCUCCGAAUGUUAGACCGCCAACGAGUGACGAGAGUCCAGACGGCAAAGGUCUUGCUGAGACGUCUUCGGACGGCAAACCGAAUGCUUGAGACUUCCUUAACCACAAUGUAGGCUCCUUUAGACCGCAAACUUUUGACACUUAACAUGCCUCGCUGAGACUUCUUAAUAAGGCCGCCUCAUUGAGCCUCCUCAUUGACUUCUUUCGACAGCAAUGGAGGCUUCUUUAGACAGUAAACCCAUCGAGACUUUUGGCGGCGAGCUUGUCGAGGCUAGUUAAGACUUUUUUAGAUGCCAUAAAUACUUGACUGCAGAUUAGAUGACAUUUUCUUUUUGACGGGCAUCGAGAGUUAUUUCGAUUCUUUCGACGGCAAACCCUUUGAGACGUUCCACGACAAUCGAGACUUCUUCAGUUAGCAAACUAGUCGAGGUAAAAAAGACUGCAGUCUAGUUAAGAUUUCUUUAGACGUCGAUCAAUGCUUCUGGAGACAGCAAACACAUUGAGAUAAGAACAGUCUCGACUUCAAAUGGUAAACGCACCGAGACGGCAGUCUCGGCUUCUUUCGGCUGUAACGUGCUUGGAUGUUUGACAGCAAUUGAGUUCUUUCGAUGGAAAAACUCAUUGACACUACUUUAGACUGCAAACCUUUUGAGCUUUCUGUUGAUGGCUAACAAGACUUCAUUAGACGGCCAAGAAAUUGAGACUUCACUUGGCAAACUUGCCAAGAUGAAGCAGUAAUCGAGCCUUCUUUCGACAGCAAAUGUGUUGAGACUUGAGAUGACGGUCGAGACAUUAUAGAUUGCAAUCUUUAGACUGCAAACUAAUUGAGACUUCUUCAGACGGCAAUCGAGUCUCAGUUCUUUAGACUUCAAACCCGUUGAGGCGACUUUUGACUGCAGACUCAUUCAGGCAUUAGACUACCAGCAAACUUGAGGUUUUUGUUGACGGCAAACAAGACUUCCUGAGACAGCAAUCAAGUUGAGACUUAAGACGGUAAAUUUGCCAAGAAUUCUUUACUCUGCAAACUUGUUCAGACAUUAGACAGCAAACUUGGUGAGACUUCUUUAGACUGCAGUCUUGCUAACGUUUCCUGACAGGAGACAGCAAGCAAGUUCAGACGAAAUCAACAGGAAGCGGUGGUCUCUAUUUUGCCUGAUUUGCUUCAAGACACCAUUAAUCAAGUCCAGACCCUCACUCGUUUCUUAAGGCUCCGUUCAACGAUGAAUCGAUCUUGCCCGUCCCUAGCAUGUGGAUUGUUUACCAGGUAGACCAGUACGUUGAGAGUAUUUAUUUUUCAGUAAGCUGAAAUAAGCCAACGUUUGUGGCUUUAAUGUUGCCAAACUGACCUGACGCGGACCCAGUCAUCAUCAGAGUGGCUCAUCCGUGCCGUGUCGGGAUUGUGAAAGGUCCGCCGACGCAGAUGGCGUCGCUCUUCAACCACAAACUCAGGCUGAAGAGAUAAGUCAGCUCCACCUCACAGAGGGCGACCACAACUUGCCCAACGGAUUCCAUCGGGGUGCGCAGCGCAGCCACGUCCAUGCGACUUUCCAUGCCAACCUGUGGCCCGUGGGCCAUAUAACGACCCCUAGAGCAUUUGAUAGGGCCUACCAUGCAAUUCUAAAAAGAGACAAAACCUCGGAAAGUCCCAAAUUCUAAAACGGACACGUCAUCGAUGUUGGGCGGAAUCCUCACCUCUUCAAAACCAUUAGUUUUCAGGACAUGUUUUUGUAGUUAUUAAACAUCAUACAGUUCAGAGAGGUAGUUGCAAGACUUUAAAAAAACGGACCGUGCAGUAGUAUUGAUUUGAAAUUGACCAACUUUGGAUAUAAGCGCUUUCUGCCCAACUGCUGAUCAAAAUACAAACAUUUGUUGGAGACACUGUCAUCGUAAUAUAUAAAUAUCGCUUUUCAUUUGUCGUUCGGCAUGGGUCCUCACCUGCAUGGCUAGACGCUCCAUGCCACCUCUUCCUGCUUCAGCUCUAUAGGCUGCUGACCAGAAUGGUUUUGGUUUUUAGCAUACGUGUAUCAAUUUAAAACGGUGUUUGUCUCAAUAAUUGUUUACUUGUGAAAUAUAUCACUAAAUGCACUAUGAGGAAAAACAGUUGCACUGUAAGAAGAAGAGGUGGCGAAGUAUUUUGAAUGAACCUUGCAGAGAGACUGAGUUGGCACGAAUGCCCGAUUAAUGAUGAAAAGAGAAGAUAUCCGUGCACAAAGUCAUUCUGUUGACAUUCCGGCUUGUGUUUGUGCCUGUUGGACGCUGGAUGUGCGCCUGCAACAUUUUGUAAAAAACGGGCCGCUGUUGUAUUGCAGUGUUGCUUUCAGAGUGCCCCCUGCCCCUGCCCCUGCCCCCACGCCCCCACGCACGCUCACACACACUCACUCUGUAUUGGUUCCUGCUUACUUGUAAAGUCAUGCUAAAUAAAGAUAUUGAAUGAAUUAAGUUAUAUAAUAUAUAAAUGUAAUAUGAUAGUGAGUGUGGCGACCUGUUCCCUCGUGACAAUGCUGAAUAGUGAAUCCACAUUUGUAAGCUUGACGUCAAUACUUUAUGAUUAAAAAAGCUCAGUGAGACAAAGCUU